AUGUUGAUUGGAUCGUGUUGGGUGUUGAUCUUAUUUACAAGAAGCUCCAAUGGCAUCUAUAAUGGAGUAGAGGCAAAGUUUGACUUUUGGACCUUCCUUGCCUCCGUGUGGGUAGGUGGAUAUCAGGAGUGCGGCGGCGCAGUGAUCGAAAGCCGAAUUAUCCUGACAGCCGCCCAGUGCGUCAAGAAUAAGCCGGUGAAGAGAAUCACGGUUCGUGUGGGAACGCCGGAUAUCAAGAGAGGUGGCAGAAUUGUCAGGGUAACGGCGCUGGUGGUUCAUGAAAAUUAUAAGGAGUGGGACAACGAUAUAGCCCUCUUAUGGCUAGAGAAGCCAGUGCUUUCCGUACGAGUGUCAAAAAUUCCACUGGCCACCAAAGAACCCUCUGAAAACGAAUAUCCCAGCAAUGCGGGAUGGGGCGAAAAACUACUGGAGUCCUACGUCGUGACUAGAAAACUACAAAAUGGCGUGACCAAAAUCCGUCCGCGGAGCGUCUGCGCUGAGGAACUUGUUGAACCGGUUGGUGAGAACCUUCUCUGCGCCUAUUACACCGAAAAUGAUAUUUGUCCUGGCGAUUAUGGAGGUCCCUUGGUCCUGGCCAACAAGGUGGUUGGCAUCGCGGUGCAAGGACACGGUUGCGGGUAUGCCGUUCUGCCCUCACUUUACACGAACGUCUUCCACUACCUGGCAUGGAUAGAAGAGAAUUCAAGGAAGCUAAACGAAAAUAAAUAA